AUGGUAAGAUUCCGUGCUAGUUGCCGCCAGCAGGCGCGCAGCAUCAAGCAGGAAGGGAACGUUGCAGUUGCACGAAAGCUCGUCUGUGGAAACAGCGACUUCGCAAAGGAAGCCCAGUGCAAGGGUGUCGAGAAUUUCGCAAACCUUCCUGGUCGUUGCUCAAGGUGCAAGAGAAACUCAGUCUUGCCUGAGGCUUUUCGAGCCUUCAAAUGGGAGUCCCUCGGCCAGGUGCUUGGAGCGGACGAGGUUUUUGAGGCUGUCGACCAACUUAAGAGUUUCGACUCGGGUAUUGCUGCUUGGAACAAGCACUAUCACGAUAUCGCUGAUGAAGCCAUGGACGAGGUGGAGGAGAUGGGUGAGGAAUUAGUGGGCGACAUGGUUGACAUCUUCACGAAAGUCUGUAAGGUCUCCACGGCGAACAUGUGUGACUCAGCGCAUUUGUCUGACAGCAAGAGCAGCGGCCUAACGAUCUUCGCCACGGAGCAGACGCAUGAAAAGAUGGAGGAGUUCCAGAAUCAGACCAUGGAGCGAAUUGACAACCUCGAGGCUGAACUCAAGGAUGAAAUCCAGCAAAGCAAGCAAGAGAUCAUGAACCACACGCAAGACUUGAUCGACAAUUUGACGGAAGAGAUGAAAGCCGGUCAUGAAGAGCUGAAGAAGGGCCAA